AUGACGUUAUGAGCAGCGAGUGAGAGUUGCGCAUGCGCAGUGAAGCAGGCCUCCAGGCAGUGGUUAGCUCUGAAGAGGAAGCGGUUUGGUGUAAAGACGAUUUUCGGAGUUUCAAGUUUUAACCUAAACAAACCACAAUAAAAAGUUUAUAUAUUUGUAAUAAACGCCACAUACACAUAUAAAAUGGCAUCGGGGACUCCGUGCCUGAACAGUCGCUGGGAUCAGCCCAAACCCAAAGCAGAUCUCCUGCAGGGGAUUGUGGGAAAUGUGUCUGUGAACACCCCUGCAGCAGUGACCCCGAGUCCAGGUGUUUCACACGGGGCAGGUUCUCCAGCUCCUUCUGCCCCACCACAGGGUGGAGUGGAGAUGGCCACCGCAAUGGCUGCCAAGCUGAACGCCAUGUUAAUGGCUAAAGGAAAACUCAAACCCCUGCAGCCUUUACCUAGUAAGGCUCCCCCCAGUGCUCCUGCACCCGUUAGCAGUGAGGAGAUCGUGGUCACAGAAGUGGAUAUCAAUGAUGUACCUGUGAACUGCAGAAAUCUGCUCACCAAAAGCAAAACACAGGAGGAGAUUCACCUGUACAGCGGCGCCCUGGUCUCCACUAAGGGCCUGUACCUGAGCGACGCUGACAAACACACCUACAAAGGAGGAGAGCGUCCUCUGUAUUUACAUCUUCAGGGACGCAGUCAGGACGAAGUCAACAAAGCUGUGAUGCGGAUCAAAGAGAUCAUCUCCGAGGACGUGCUGCGAGCGUCGGGGGGGCAGCAGCCGGCCGUAAUGCCCCCGGUUCCUGUUUACCCCCAACCCCCCCGACCGUCCGUACCCACACAGCCACACCUCCCUACGCCACGCCCCCUGAACGCUCCCAUAACGCCCGCACACAGACCCCCUCCUCCACAUGCCGGGAGUUUUGUGCACACUAAGCUAUUUGUAGGAUUGGAGCAAUGCCUGCCGGACUUCAACGUGAACGAGAAGGUGGAGGGACCGAGCGGCUCCUACCUGCAGCACAUCCAGACCGAGACGGGGGCGCGCGUCUUCCUGCGGGGGAAGGGCUCGGGGUACAUCGAGCAGGCCUCACGGAGAGAGUCAUUCGAACCCCUGUACCUGUACAUCAGCCACCCGAACUCUGCUGGCCUGGAAUCCGCCAAGAAACUCUGCGAGAGCCUCCUGGAAACAGUGCGAGCUGAACAUGCGCGUAUGGUAUCGGUGUACACAGCUACAGGUUCCACACAAGCAGCAUACCCGUCUCACGGAUACUCGUCCUCCAGCAGCCAGGCAUGGUACGGUUACCCCAGCACUUACCCAUCAUACCCUUCCACUGGGGGUUACUGGGGUCGAGGAGACGGAGCAGACGGAGCACAGAUGGUGCAGUAUCCCAUGUGUCCUCGCCAGUCCACCUCCUUCAUCCUGCAGGAUGAAAACAAGACGUCAGACUCCACCGUAAACGACUCAGCCAGCAUUUCCAGCCCAAAGAGACGCUUCAUAGAGGAGAGUGAAGAGGAGGAAGGAGAAAAGGAGGUAGCAGAGGAACCUAAACCAGAUCCAGUGGAAGAACAUGAUGAUGAUGGCAAAUCAGAUGGGAUCCUGAUGCCUCCUCCACCUGUGGUGUCGCUUCCAGCACCACUCAAGAGACCGAGACAAGAACCUGCUCUCACACACUGAUGAAGAGGAGGUGAAGAAGGUGAAGAUCUCUUCAGACUCUUUGGGUCUCGUCCCAUACGGUGGAGAUUCUUCUGAUGAGGAAGAGGAGAAAACUCACAGUGGGCAAAAGAGCAAUUCUUAACACACACACACACGAACCCCACCUCCUACCCCAGCCCUUUCCCCUCCAGCAGGAGAGAACGUGCCCUGACCGCUUCCCUCAGCUGAACUUUCUCUAGUUUGGUAAAUGUUUAAACCUGUUCCUAUGGAAUAAAAUCAAAACUUUGAAA